AUGGGGGCAGAGGCAGCGGCAGUGGAGGAGGAGGUGCCAGAGCCGGUGUCGUACGCUUUGCCUUGCACGGAGCCGUCAGAGUUGAGCAUGGAGGAAGUGAACGCGAUGGAGGAGGAGCAGAGCAACCAGUCGGAGAGCUGCAUUACCUCCAACGUCUACUGGCGCGAGAAGAACAACGCCAUCAACAUGCGCGGUGCCCAUCGCACGGUGCAGGGUUCCAUGGAGGCGUGCCAGGCCCUGUGCGCCAAGACGAAGGGCUGCGGCCACUUCUCCUUUUGGUCGGACGGCGGGUGCCUUCUGACCUCCACCACCGCCCGGGCCAUGCAGCACGGCGGCGUGGUCUCCGGACCCCCCAGCUGCUCAGGAGGCGCCGGCGAAGCGGAGGAGCCCGCCUACAUGGGCCCCAGCGUGAUGCGGGUGCAGAAGCGCGCCGGCCUGGCGCCGCCCAGCACGGUGCAGCAGUACAACGGGGUCACCUGGCCCACCAUGAAGGUUGGCCACAAGCAGGAGUACCACAUGUUUGCCAUCGGGGACUGGGGCAGCCUUGUGGGCACCAACCCGGGCCGCAUGAUCCAGUAUGCGGGUGGCCACCUUGGGGGUCCACACACCAUGGCGCGCUGGCGCGGCGCAUGCAACACCGACACCAUGAUGGACUGCAUGGCCGGCAAGGAGUGCCCUGACACCUGCCACUUCGACGCCGACGUCGACCCGAAAGCUCAGGUCCGCGUGGCAGAUGCCUUGAAAAAGAGGGCACCUUCUUCGAAGCCCGACGUCAUUCUCAACGUCGGCGACAACUUCUACUGGGGCGGUGUGAACACAAAUUGCGGCACGCCAAUGGACAAGAUCCACCCGGUGACCGCGCAUCAGUUCACCGAGAUCUUCGAGCGAGUCUACCACGGCCCAGGCAUUGACGGAGUUCCCUGGCUCAGCGUUCUGGGCAACCACGACUAUGGAGGAUUCCAGUUCAACAAGGGCUGGGACCAGCAGAUUGCAUACACCUGGGCCAGCAACCGAUGGGUGAUGCCAGGCCAGUACUUCAUGCAGCGAGUGGAGUACCCCGAGUUCUCAGUGGAGAUGUACAUGCUGGACACCAACAUGAUGGACAGCCACCCUAAGCACGCGGACCCCAAGCACAACAUCUGCGGGGAGAUGAACAACCCCCCCGGCGCCAGCUGCUCAGCCACCGGAGGGCCCAAGGACCUGGACGACUGCUUCAAGUUCAUGUGGGAUGUUUGGAGAGCCGAGCAGAAGUGGGUGGAGGAGAAGUUGGAGAAGUCGACCGCAGACUGGCAGAUGGUUGUCACGCACUUCCAGUGUGGGCACCAGGCCGAGUGGUACAAGAAGCUUCACAAGAAGCUGGGGCUGGACCUGCUUGUGACAGGGCACACCCACACCCAGGCGAUCUUUGACAAGUGGAAGGUGUUGGACGGUCUCACCUGCUUCAUCACCGGGGGAGGCGGCGGCAUCACCUCAGAGAACCCCCCGGAGGUGCCAAGGAGCACUGCCUACGGCUUCUUCGACCUCACCCUGUCCAAGGAUGAGAUCAAGUUGGAGUCUGUGAACUUCAAGGGCGAAGUGGUGGGCACAGCCACGGUAAAGAAGGGGCCGCUGACAGAAGAGGAGCUGCAGGAGCGCAAUCGGCAGCGCAGCAGGCAGAAAGUGCUGGCGAAGCGCGCGGCUGAGAAGAAGGAGCGCUUGGAGGAACAGGUUCAUCUGCAUGUGCUGACUUUGCAUGUAAUCAUCAAUGGGCAUUUCAUGCCCAAGCCGGCCAAUUGA